AUGGAGGUAUCAAUCCAGUCAAUUGCAGUAGCAACGAUUCUGGCCGUCCUAACCACAUGGGCAUGGAGGGUGGUGAAUUCGGUGUGGUUGAGGCCGAAGAGGCUGGAGAGGCUCCUGAGACAGCAAGGCCUUUCCGGCAAACCCUACACCUUCCUCUUCGGUGACCUCAAGGAGAACUCGCGGUUGCUCAAGGAAGCCUACUCCAAGCCUAUCACCAUCUUCGACGACAUCAAGCCCCGUCUCUUGCCCUUCUUGCAUCAAUCCUCCCAAACUAUGUUUUUAAUAAUUUUUAUAAUUUUCUUUUUCCGUGGCAAUACCCAUGCCAGCCUUAGGCAGGGGUGUCAAAUGAAGACCGAAACAGGGGCGUCCCGAGCGGCGACUACCAGCACCAGUACGGCACCUUCCAAGGCGUCGCCAACUACCCGCCGCCGAACCCGCCGCACUAGCAGCCGGCGAUCGGCUACCCCCAGCAGGCGCCUCCGCCGGGCGCCACCGAUCCCUCGGCCCCCUCCUCCUCCACCUCCCCACUAUUACCAUCAUGGGUAUCACACCGUCCCAGGUUAUGCUGUUGCUGAAGGAAGACCAGUAAGAGAAUCACGGCUGCCUUGCUGUGGUAUUGGAGUUGGAUGGUUUCUGUUUAUCCUUGGCUUCUUCCUUGGUGCUAUCCCUUGGUACAUUGGACUACUUCAACAAUAA